UAAACCUAGUCUCUGGCCCAGGAUUCAUACUUUUGAACCUCAACGAGAUCCAUAAAUAAUUUAACACAUUUUUUUUGUGUGCAAAUUUCUUUUGCCGAAUUUUAAUAUUGGUGUCUAUUCCGUUCAUUACGGUAGUCGGCAAACUCGGAAGUAAACACAAACAAGCUUCUCUUUGAGAGGCACCGUGAUCACGGAGGAUGUCCGCUGUUGUCUCCUCUCAUGUGUCCUGACUACAUUUCCAACAAACCCCUCAAGAGCAGUCUUCUCUGGAGAAACGUGUCCGCGCCGUUAGGGGGGACAGGACAGGAUGGCAGCUUCCGUGGACCUCCACGCUCAGCUGGCCUCCAUCAUGGAGGUGCUGGCUAACGCGGCGGUGACUGAGAUCUGUCAGCUGGUGGACGAAGGGUUCGCCGAGCUGAGGGUGGAGAUCUCCCGCAGCCAGAGGGAGAACCUGGCCCUGAAGAGCAGACUGCGGCAGAUGGAGGUCCGUGCAGGAGAGGUGACCUGCAGCAGGAGAGGUCAUCACCCCAGAGAAGACGCUGCUAUCGUUACCAAAAGAAAAGUCGAGUCGUCCACGCAGGAGAGCAGAUCACAGCCUGUGGUUGUGACGGAGCAGCAGGUGGAGCCAGAGGUGGUUUUGGUAAAGAAGGAAAGGCUGGAGGAGGAGCUGACGGGCUGCAGCGUGUUGGAAGACCAUCCCACAGCUCUAAACAGCAGCAGCCGACGCCCUCUGAGUGUUAAAGCAGAACUCUCCAGAGUCAGCGCAUCAGGUCGGUGUGAAGAAGAAGAAGAAGAAGAAGAAGAAGAAGAAGACUUCACCGGACCUGAAGUUCAGCAGGAAGAGGGUGUGGCUGAGGCCAGUACUCUGGAUCUGUACUCUCAACCAGCAGACUGGAGCCACAGAGGUUCUGGUCCAAAUGGAGCCAGAGAAAUGACAGAGAAAGUAGUUGUGGAUGGCAGUGACUGUCUGUCUGCUGAGUCCAGUAGUAGUGGUGUUGAGGCUGCACUGGAUUCAGAGCUCAAACUGGAGGCGAGUGUAUGUGAGCACUCAGCAGAGCUGGACUCUUCCUCUGUCGAUGACCUGUUCUCCUCUCCAGAGGUGGCCAGGUCUCUGACAGCCCUUCACAAACACUCCACAGGGACAGAGGAGCUGCUGUCGUCCUCAUCUUUUCCUUUCAUGAGCAGCUUUGGGAGCUCCUCCAUGUCAGACUGUCUGACCUCCUCUUCCAUCAGCAGCGCCUCCUUGGACUCCAGGGGCAGAAGCUUCCCCUGCAGCACACAGCGAGUGUUCAGCUGCCAGCAGUGCUCCCGCCUUUUCUCCACCUCCAGAGAUCUGAUGGUGCACCAGUGUUCCCACGCUGGGGAGAGGAUCUACCAGUGCCACCUCUGUAAGAAGUUUUUUAAGCACAGGCACCAGCUGAAAACCCACCAGUGGGUGCACACCGGGGAGAAACUGUACAGCUGUGCUCAGUGCGGCAAGCGUUUCUCCCAGUCCAGCCACAUCAACAGACACAUGAGCGUCCACACGGGGGAGAAGCGCUACAGCUGCAGCCUGUGCGGGAAGCGCUUCUCGCAGCCCUACGCCCUCAAGAUCCACCAGGCCGUCCACACCAGAGAGAGACCCUACAGCUGCACCAAGUGUGGCAAGAGCUUCUCUCUGAUGGGGAACCUGGUCCGCCACCAGAGACAAAGUGUCACGUGCAUAUGGAGGCAGCAUCAGGAGGCGACUCUCGCCCCUCGCAGAGGCUGGUGGUUGAACACAUUGCAGCAGCAGCAGCAGCAGCAGCAGCAGCAGCAGCAGCUGGCGGUGCGUGGAUCAGACCCGCAGCUUGUUGCAUGUCACCUGUCACACCUCACUGUGUGGAGCUUCUCACGCCCGCGCGCAGCAGCAGCAGCAGCAGCAGCAGCGGCGGCGCCGUCCGCCGCGCGCAUCUGUCCGUGCGGGAGCAGACAGACGGAGCUGGAGCUGGAGCUGGAGCUGGAGCUGGCGAUGAUGGCGGACUGUGUUGGCUUUCAAGCGCAAAUCGCCUCGAUCAUAGAGAUAUUGGCCAAUUCGGCGGUGGCGGAGAUCUGCAAGCUGGUGAACGAUGGCUACGCGGCGCUGCGCUCCCAGAUGGACCAGGAGCGCGAGAAGAGCGAGAAGGAGAACGACGUCCUGCGGCAGAAGCUGCGAGACAUGGACGUGAAGAUGCGGAGCUACGAGAGGAAGAUGAGGAGACGGAGUCAGCGGGAGGAGAUGCACGCCGUUCAUUUUAGGCCACCCGAAGGACCUGAUGAUCAUCAGCCUCUGGUGCCACUUCUCUCUACCUCCUCUGAAGACAAACCCUUCCAGCACUUUUCAAAGGAAGAGGAAGUCAAGGUGUUGCCCCUGGUAAAGCAGGAGAACGUGGAGAGAGACGACUGCAACCUGGACCUGAAGGUGGAGGUCAACAUCAGGGCAGAGUGCGGCCUCUCGACUGCCCUGGAGCCCAGCGAGGAAACCCCUCCCACUGAUAUUGCCCUUGACACCAGUGUCACCAACAUCACCUCCUCCACCACCACCCAGCUCUCAUCCUCCCCCACUGACGCCACGAUGGACUUGACCUGCAGACCCCGAGCUAAACGUAAAGCCUCCAAGCCUCUGGGCAGCAGUUUGAUGGUGAGCGGUGGAGGGGUUCCGGCCCCCGAUGCAGCUCGCAGGGAUCUUGGAGGGAGCCUAGCAGACAGCGCUCUGAAGCCAGAGAUCCAAACAGACGACACGACCGAAGAUGAACUUCCUUCCUCUCAGCUGUCAGCACCUGUAGCCUCGGAUGAGCCGAGCCCCGACCGCCUCAACAGCUUGGGCCUGGACCUGGCCUGGAUGCAGGAGAGGGUCAGCCAUCUCGGUGCAGCAUAUGCAGUAGCACAGCUGGGUUUGGGAAACACAGACACUAGCCACCCCUCUGCUUCCUUCCCCACUCAGGGAGGGGGAGACAGUCUAGAUGGCCCCCCAACCAUGCUCUUUACAAGCGGCGCUCAUGAAAUGGCUGCUUUUGCCGCUUCCUUUGACAUGGCCGCUGCCGCAGCCGCCGCUGCCGCCGUCGUGGCCGGGCCACCUCCACCACCUCCUCUGCCCCCUCCCCCGACAGCUCCUUCUACCACCACAACUAGCCAGAGGCGGCCUUACAGGAGCACCGCUGCUGCUGCUGCUGCUGCUGCUGCUGCUGCUGCUAAAGAACCCCUGGUGUGCACUGUGUGCGGGCGCGUCCUCCCCAGCGCUGGUGCCCUGGAGCUGCACCAACGGGUGCACACAGGAGAGAGACCCUACACCUGCCCCCACUGUGGAAAGGGUUUCGCCCAGCCCAACAACCUUCGGGUCCACCUUCUCAUCCACACUGGGGAGAGGCGGUAUCGAUGUACGCUGUGUGGGAAGAGCUUCAUCUCGUCCAGCCACCUGAAGAGGCACCGCACAGUCCACACGCAGGAGAAACCCUACAGCUGCUCGCGCUGUGGACAGUCCUUCAGCCAAAUGUGUAGCGUUCGCAGGCAUCGGCAGCAGUCCCAGUGCGGCCUACCGCUGGCCUCCAUCAUGGAGGUCCGGGCGAACGCGGCGGUGGCGGAGAUCUGUAAGCUGGUGGACGACGACUACGCGGUGGUGGAGUCUACAGAGUCCCAGUGUAAUCUGGGGAAAGUAUUGAGCUGUGGGCUGCACGACUUUGAGCAGGCACUAUGCUUUAACCCAAGCUCCAACACACCCAGCCCCGACAGGAGUCCAACGACGUGUGAAAGAGACGGAGCAGCCAGCGACACAGCGUCCGUACGAACAAUGAGCAGCCGCCUGGCCUUCCAGACCCAGCUGGCCUCCAUCAUGGAGGUCCUGGCGAACGCGGCGGUGGCGGAGAUCUGUAAGCUGGUGGACGACGACUACGCGGUGGUGAGUCUACAGAUGUCCCAGUGCCAGAGAGAGAACAAGGCCCUGAAGAGGAAGCUGCAUCUGCUGGAGCUCAAGAUGGCUCGGGGCAACGCCGAGAGGAGGCUCCGGGAGAGCGCCAUGAACAACAGCAGGCCGAGGGUUCAGAUCAACGCCGGGGACCGGCUGCGAGAGCUCUCACCGUCCACCGAUGGCGUGUUUGAGCAGCAGAUGGAAGUGUCUCUGUGGACAGGCAGAGCUGCUGCAGGAGAUACAACCAGUGAGCUCAUCCACUCUGACAGCAUCCAGAGUAAGUCUCCAGACGUAGAGCUGGUGGAGCCAGAGGAUCUGCUGGUGAAGGAGGAGAAGGUGGACCAAAACAUGUCGCGGGUUGCAGAAACCGAGCAGGACGUGCCGCUUAUAGGAGAUGAUGGAGUGGUGGAGUGCGUCCCUUGUGGACCUACAGGACAGAGAUCCAGCGUUGAACAGCAGGACACCAAGUCCACUUCCCAGAACCAGUCGCAGACCCAGAGCAGCAGGACGAGGCGUAUCGGCGGCAGCAGCAGCACCAACAGCAGCAGAGGAGUGGAGGUCAGUGACUCCUCUCCUCUCCUUAACUGUGAACUCAGUGCCUUAGUUGAAGGCAAAGACUCACUGCAGGAAACAGUAAACGCACAGCAGUAUAUUGAAGACAGCAGCAGUGACUCUCAGUGUGACGUGUUGUGUGAGAGUGGUGAUAAAAGCGCUGAUUUGUUGGUGGAGGAGUUUUUUGACGGGGUUGAAGCGGAAGGAAGGAGGCCGUCCUGUUCGUACACGAUGGCGGCGGCUGAUCUCCCGUCGACCUCUUCAGCGAUUAACGGCUGGACUCGUUACAGCCCCAGUUUCCUCCCCUCCUCCCAGCCCUUCAGCGACGGCAGCAGCGGUGGCAAAAAUCGGCCUGGCGCCAAGGAAAGACUGUUUGUCUGCGCUUACUGUGGCAAGGCUUUUAACCGGCCAAAGAAGGUGGAGAUCCACCAACGUGUCCACACGGGGGAGAAGCCUUUCAGCUGCUCCACCUGUGGGAAGACAUUCUCCGAGGCUGGGAACCUGAGGAAACACCAGAGAGUUCACACCGGAGAGAAACCAUACAACUGUGGAUUGUGCGGCAGAGGCUUCGCCUGGAUCAGAAACCUGAAAACACACCAGCAGAAGAGCCACCCUGAAAUUUACACUGAAGUGGAGAUCCUGGGACAGACCAAGAAGGAGGAGGAUGAGCAAGAUGUGGUGUUGGUGAAGGUGGAGGAGGUGGAGCCGGUGACGGGGACUCGGAGCCAGACGGGCCUCAGCAUACAGGAAGCAACAGUCCAGACUCCUGUGAGUGUGACGGUAUCUUCCUCUUUGUGUCCAGGCUUGGUGGAGUCGAGCACCGACAACUACAGAGCAGUUCUGCCAUUCGAUGAAACCACGCAAACCUCCACCAAUCAGCUGCCUGACCUGCAGGAGUCGGGGCAGGGCUUCUCAGAGGUCAGCUAUGGCCGUUCUUCGCUGUGGACUAACGGGGGGGAUAGUUAUUGUCAUGAUGACAACCUGCCGGGUCCGUCCUCCCACUGCGCCCCCCUCUCAUACCUGUCUGCCACACUCAUUGGAGCAGAGCCAGGCAGCUCUGGGGGGGGAUUGGCUGUUGAGAAUUCAGCAGGAAGGGGAUUGGCUGUUGAAAGCUCCAGUGGCUUCCACACCUCUGUGUCCUUUCAGCAGCAGCCUUCUGUUAUCGAUCUGUCAGAGGAGUCCAGCCCCAUUCAGGUUUCAGGUCAGACACAGGGGCCCCCACAGUUCCUGGACCCGGGUCAGAGCCAGGCUCAGAGAAAUUAUAGCAGCGCUGAUGUGCAGCAGAAACUCCCCAGGAAGAGGGUGUGCAUCUGUAGGUUCUGCAGUAAAGCGUUCAGCUCACCAGCUAAUUUAGAAUCCCACCUCAGGACUCACACAGGAGAGAGGCCAUACGGCUGUAGCAUCUGUGGCAAAAAGUUCUCCCAGUUCUGGAACCUGAAGAUCCACAAGAACAUCCACACCGGGGAGAGGCCGUACCAGUGCUUGCUCUGCCCCGAGAGGUUCUCUGACCCCAGCAACCUGAAAAAACACCAAAAGAGACACCACCCACAGACGUCUGCAGCACCUCAGUCGCCCCCUGUAACAUCACAAGAGUCCAGCGUUGUACUGGCAGUCCAGCUGAGGGUACCAGACACCAACACACCAGCCAGCCCCAACACACAACAACAACCACAGAGAUCCAGUAACGACAACCCUCUGAGCUCCGAGUACUCUCUGUUUGAACUGGAGACCUUCUUCACCCGCUGGGCCCCUGAUAGUGAUUCUGUAUCAGCCCCUGCUGGCCCUUUGUGUUCUUUCACCACUGAAGACUCAGCCGAGUGUGACCAGGAUGGAGUUAUUAUUGUAGAAUCUGAACCACAGGGCUCAGUCUCCUCAGCAGUGAGCGGAGGGCAGAGUUUCUCCUCUGCAUCCAGAGUUCACGUCCAGCCAUCGACGUCACAAGCACUAUCUGCAGGGACCUCUGUGUCUGUACCUUUGAAGAUGCAGGCUCCAUCUUCCCAGCCUCCAUGGAGCAGAACAUCAGCCAUGAUCAGACGUGCCCAGGCUCAGCUGCUGCAGCAGCAGCAGCAUCGUAACAGCGACAGGAUCUAUCAGCAGCAACUCAGAAUUCCCUCUGCACGGACCGCAGCUGACAGCGCCGAUAAAACAAGCAUCAGCUCAACCAGUAGGACUAUGAGCUCCACAAUGGCUCCACAUCCAGCUGUACCUGCCAGGGGAAACGCAGCAGCACUGGCCAGCAUUGAGGUGGCUAUCGCCACACAGCAUCAGGCCAGCCUCAUGGCUCACCACAGUAAAAACCAGGCCGCCGGCGCUCUGCAUGGCGAGCGACGCAGGAAGAGCUACGUAUGCCGAGCUUGCGGCAAGGCUUUCUCCGGCCUGUCCAAUCUGGAGGCCCAUGAGAGGGUCCACACAGGGGAGAAACCUUUCCGCUGUGACACCUGUGGGAAACGCUUCUCGGAGGCCGGGAACCUGAAGAAGCACCAGAGGGUUCACACCGGGGAGAAGCCCUACAGCUGCGAGCAGUGCGGGAAGAGGUUCGCUUGGAUCUGCAACCUGAGAACGCACCAGCAGUCUGCCACAGGCUGCGGACCACAGGCCAGAGGAGGGUUAGGCUGAUCACACACACUGUGGAAUGUUUUAUUCACACACCACUACUAUUGAAUAGUACAGCAGCAAUACAAUGUGUCAUCUGCCUCUCAGACACUGAAAACUGCACAGCGAUCAGUUCACAGCUCAACGAAUGCAGACUCAUUUGAAUCAUUACAGUGCCACGCAGUAAUAAGCUGAUCUAUAAAAACAAAGUCAGACACAAUGUUCACUGUGAUUCAUGUUUUCUACAAGUAGCUACAUGUCAGGGAGCACAGGCUGUGGUAUGCUUUGGAAAGAUGUAGGUGAUAAUGUCAUCUAGACUUGACUUGUGUUAAAUGGGAUCAAAUCAAAUGUCUACUUUGUAGAAAAUUAAAUUAUAUUGUAAUCAAAAAGUAGGGAGUCAACAACUUUACUAACAGCCAAACAUCAAGCAAAAUCAACAACACACGACAGAGCAGCCAGCUAAUAUUACUUACUAGUCCAGGAGUAAGUCCAGUUCUGGCUCUGCUCCCCAGGCCUGUAAACCUCCUCUUCUUUUUCCUAGUGGUCCAAUACACCUGUGGUACAAACACUAACAGACCCCCGGUGCGCUGAUAUCACAGAGCCCGGCUAACAAACUGAGCUAACAGCAGCUACAGUUGGCAGCAGUUUGCUUCACUGUCCAUCAGGAAACUCUGUAAAUCACAGAGAGUUGAGGCGGAGAGAAAAACCAGAAAACAUGUUCUCCAUAAAAUAUGAUCCAGUUUCACCAAAAUCAGUGAAACAGUUGGUGGUGUGUGACUUGCAUACUUCUCCUGACACAGAGCCCAAAGUUACAUAGUGCAGAAACAGGCGCAGAGUUGGAAUGACUAAGUCACCUGAUUACACCUCAGUGUGGCAUCAAAAUGUUUUAAAACUGUUUUUAUUGUACAGAAGUUGCAUAAUUUUGUUUUAAUAAAAUGUAAAGUGUUUAAAUAACACAGACUGUUCUGCAGAGGAUUCAGUGGUGUGAACACUAAAGUGACUCUGAAAACAGGAGUUCAGAUUUCAUUAUGAUGUCCUUUCUUUUUAAAUAAUCAAUCAUUUUGAAACUUGUAUAUUUGUAUACUGUAUACAAAAAAGACCAAUCAUGCCAUUCCAACUGAAAAAUGCCAAGAAGUAACUUUCAGGAUUAUAGGAAAUGUUAGAAACACCAGCAGGAACAUCGUACACUUCAUACAGUGAUGUCUUCAAGGUGUGUCUGAAUCUUUGCUGUCUUUGUAUAUCUCACAGCACCGCGAGCCGGUGUGUCCAGCUUUGGCUUCAAAUGAUUUUGUACUGUGAACACGUCGAGUAUAUUUUGUUAAUAUACACAAUAAACAUUUUAUGAG